CUCCAAGCAAGCAUUUGAGGGUGUGUCUGCUGGGAUUGUAGGAGUUUUGAAGAUCACACUAAAAGGACAUUAGUAUCAUUCUCUCCUUGUCGAACUGAGUCUCUCCUCGACUCUGUCUGUAAUGGUGUAUUCUCUUUCUAACUAACCCUAUUGUGUUAACUCUGUUCCUCUGAGUGCCUGUUGCUUGUAUUGCAUUUUCUUCAGUGCCUUUGUGCCUCUUUUGCUUUUUGCCAGUUUCAAUCUUUCAGUCUUAUCCUCUGUCUGAGUCUCUCAGUCCCUCUCACUCACAUUCUCCUCUUGCAUCAGUAUCUUGUUUUGUCUCAUAUUCUGUAUUGCUGGCUCUUUCUUUCUGUCCACUGUGUUUGUGUCCAUCUCUCCUUUUGUCUCUAUAUGUGGGUGUAUCUGUGUGCAUGUAUCUGUGGGUGACUGUGUCUGUGUGUAUAUAUCUGUCCGUGUGCAUUUAUCUGUGCAUGUGUCUCUGUGCCUGUGUGUGGUGUGAGUCUGUGUCAGUGUGCAUUUGUCUUCCUCCCCGGUUACACUGACUCAAUUCCACUCUAGCUGUCUGACAAUCUAUCUGUCUCAAACACUUUGAUUUUAUUCUUUCGGUCUUCCUGCAUUCCUGUUUUUACUGUAUCUGUGUUUCUAUCUCUGUCAUUGGAUCCCAUUCUCUCAUUUACCCUCAUCAUUCUGUAUCUGAAUCAUUAAAUUCCUGCAUUGUCUUAGAACCUCCCUCGUAAUCGCUUUCAAGUUAGUUAUCUUGUUUAGUGUUUAUCUUCUACUCUGUGUACGUAUCUUAUUCAUUCUCCCCCUCACUCUGUCCCCCUCUGUCCCAAUGUUCCAGCUUCAUGCUUCCCACAAACUCCCUGGUGUCCCUUUAUUCCUGAGCUUGUUGUGGAUGGUGCUACUGAUUCUGAUGUUCCAGGCCCCAAUGCUGGAAAGUGCCUGCUCAAUGCACAGCAUGAGUGAGGAUGCAAUCAUUGCAAAGGUGCAGGAGAAAAUUCUGAGGAGCCUGGGGCUGACUGAACCCCCAGAGAACUGCAAUGUAACCAGCCAGGAGCUGCAUAAUCCGUUCAAAAACCGCAGACUGACACGGCGCAUCACCCGCUGGAUUGGACAUCACAAACCCAAAACGGACAACGAUAAAUCGGAGGUCAUCUCAUUCCCCAUAACCAACAUACCGUGUGAUUUACAGUAUGAAGGAUUCGUGGGCAAUUACAGUUACGUCUUUCAGCCAUCCCUGCACUCCCGUCGCAGCCAGGUGACCUCUGCUGAGUUCUGGUUUUACGCCGGGGUCCAGUUACCCCCAGGUGCUGACCCCCCCACUAAACUGUACUUCCUCACUGAACCUGGCAGCUUUGCCCAGGCAGCAGAGAGCAUGGCAGUUGAAGGACAGUGGGUAAUCUUUCAUAUCUCCCAGUCCUUCCUCUCAUAUAUCUCGCACAAGAUACUUUUCCUUCAGGUCAAGUGUGCCAAUUGCCAGUGUGUGAGGGACCAAGUGAAUGUGCCUUUCAUCCUGUCCACAGCGAAGAACUUGGGUCCUUCUCGAUCUAGACGCUCAACAGUCCCUUGGUCCCCCGCAUAUGUCAGUCUCCUUCAGAGGCCACCAUCUCCUGAACUUAUUCAUGACGAUUGCCAUCGUUCUGCCGUUAACAUCUCCUUUGAAGAAUUGGGAUGGGGCAACUGGAUUGUUCAACCCAGUGUCUUCACCUUCUACUACUGCAAUGGGACCUGCUCCAACUCCAACCGGCUCACCUCCAGCCUCGGCCUCAAGGUUUGCUGCACCUCAGUCCCAGGGACCAUGAAGCCCCUGAGAGUGAGGACAACGUCCGACAGUGGCUACACUUUUAAAUACGAGACUAUCCCAAACAUUAUCACCGAAGAAUGUGCCUGCAUUUAGACUUUGCUUCCUCACCCUCAGCAUAAUGAUAGGGUGGCCUUGGACUCUCAAGGAACUGAAAAUUAAUCAGAAUCCAAAAGACAAAUCCAAGGGACAGUAAUGAAAUAAAUAAAGAAGCUGUAUCAGUGCA